AUGGGGCCGUACCAGGCGCUGCUGAUUGGCUUGUCAAUCGUCCUGGCGGUGGUCACCGGAAGCUACCUGCAAGACGUGGAACUGUUUGCACCGUCCCCGUGGCGCACUUCGUACAACACCGUCUACUACUAUCCGAGCUACGUGAAGGGCGAGGAUCCGGUCGAGGAGUACAACCGUAGGCGGCUCCACGUCGAUACGGGACGCUUCAUGAUGGAGGAACCUCCACCGGGCGAUCGGUGGCGAAAGAUCCGGACUAAGCGGCCAAGGGAUCAGCGGUACCGGGCACCGAUGCGCGUAGUGGACGCGCAGACCGAUCACGACUACAAUUACUGGAAGAUCCGCAAGGUGGCCGGUUUGCCGCGCUAUGUCAAGGACGACGUGGAGUUGUUCGAUGUUGACGAGGAAAAUCGAAUCAAGCGGGGCCCCGGACCGGAACGUCACCCGCGGAUGGCUCCGGCGAAGGACGAUGCUCCCCGGCGGUACGAGGAGUCGGAUCCCCAGGUUUUCGCGUACGGACGAUCCGAUACGCAGCCACCGAUUGCCCGUGCAAACGAUCGUUCCGACGCGCCUGGAGAUAGUAAAUACUUUCAGGACACGUUCCUGUUGCAAAAGUCACCGCUGGAGCUAGAGUUUGGCCACCUGUUCGAGUCGAACGAUGGCUGGGAGGAGCGCUACGAACGGCAGGAUCACCAGCAGCACAGGCACCAGGGAAAAGUAAAGUGGGCCGACAAGAAGGGAGGCUUCGGGGAGCACUACUGGGACCUCAAUCACGUCCAAGCCGACCCCCACGAAGGUUAG